GGUUUAAAUAAGCUCUAAAGUAAUAAUGGAUACCGGCGGCCGGAAUUAGAGAACACUUACAAAGAAGAUUACACAACAAAAAACCAUAAAAAGAACAAUACAAAACAAAAAAUGAAAGGUGAUAAAUUUACCGUUAACAGUAGUACCAAACCCAUGCAUUAUCUUUGUACAUCAAAGAUGGGACGUCCAAAAUCAGGUGAUCAAUUCAUGUUUCUUUCUCAACUUUAAAUGCUCUUUUCUCUCUCUCUCUCUGCUCACCUAGCUUAAAACAAGCCUAUCGUGAACACCUUUCAGGCCCCAUGCUCUUCUUCUUCCUCCAUUAAUACCAUUCCCAUUCCUCACAUUUUACCUCAACCCUUGAUUGGAUUCAAAUGGCUUCCUUCUCCGGCUUCUUCUUGUUCUUCUUCCUUCUUAUCAGCAGUACUCUGUUUUUUGCCUCAUCCUCUGUUUCUGUUAAGUCUUUACAUGAAGAUGAGAAAAGUUUCCAAAUUUUUGAAGUUUCAGCAUCAAUUCACAAAGCCCGUCAAUUUUUGGCACAAACAGAAGAGACCCUUCAAGCGGAAGGAGCUAAAUUAGAGCCCGUCGCCACCGCCGCCGCCGCCGCCGGCAACCACUCGUCGGGGUUGCUGUCAUUUUCACUCCACCCGCGAGCCUCUAUAAGGAAGCCCCACCAUAAAGACUAUUCCGGCAUCACACUCGCCCGUCUCGCCCGGGAUACAUCCCGGGUCAAUUCAAUCCAUUCCAAGCUCCAGUUCAAGCUGUCCAAGUAUACUCAAUCGGACCUCAAACCCGUUCCGGCGGAUAUCCGACCCGAGGAUUUCGAGUCCCCCUUGACCUCCGGGACAAGCCAAGGGAGCGGGGAGUAUUUCGCCCGGAUAGGAGUGGGUCGACCCGCUAAGCAAUUCUACAUGGUGAUUGACACCGGCAGUGACGUCAGCUGGCUCCAAUGCCAGCCAUGCACCGAUUGUUACCAGCAAACCGACCCGAUUUACAACCCGACUCAAUCCUCCACUUACCAGACCGUUUCUUGCUCGUCGCAGGAGUGUAAUGCUCUGGAGGUAUCCGCCUGCAGCGGCGGCACGUGUCUCUAUCAGGUUUCUUACGGUGAUGGGUCGUACACCGUCGGCCAGCUCGUGAAGGAAACGGUGUCGUUUGGAAACUCCCGUUCCAUCGGCAACGUCCCGAUCGGAUGCGGGCACGACAACGAGGGACUAUUCGUCGGCGCCGCCGGCAUAAUCGGACUCGCCCGUGCUCCGUUGUCGUUGCCGGCACAGAUUAAAGCUACGUCGUUUUCGUACUGUUUGGUGAACCGUGACUCCAACUCCGCCUCCACUCUGGAGUUCAAUUCCGCCGCUCCGGGCGACUCUGUCUUUGCUUCCAUGGUCAGGAAUCCCAGAGUUGACUUGUUUUACUACGUGGACCUCGUCGGAAUGAGCGUCGGAGGACAGAAACUCCCAAUUCCGCAGUCGGUUUUCCAAGUGGACGGAACCGGACACGGAGGAAUCAUAGUUGAUUCCGGCACGGCGGUGACUCGGUUGCAGACUCAGGCGUACAACGCGCUGCGCGACGCCUUCAAGAGAUUGGCUCCGAAUCUGCCUUCGUCGGGUGGGUUCGCCUUGUUUGAUACUUGUUACGAUUUUUCGUCGAUGACGUCGGUGAAGGUUCCGACGGUGUCGUUUUUGUUCGCCAGCGGGAAGGCGCUGUCGUUGAAGCCGGAAAAUUACCUCAUCCCGGUGGAUUCAAUGGGGAAAUACUGCUUGGCUUUCGCUCCGACUUCUGGUUCACUGUCUAUCAUCGGUAACGUGCAGCAGCAAGGGACACGUGUCAACUUUGACCUCGCCAAACGGUUGAUUGGAUUUAGCUCAAAUAAAUGUUAAAGAAACAGGAAAAAAAAGAAGCAUUUUUAUCCUAAUGACAGUUGAUUCAGUAAUUAAUUUCUUUUUUUUUUUUUCUCGUUUUGUUUGGAUAAGUUGGAAAUUUUGAAGAGGAAAACAUAUAAUGUAUUUCAUUUCAUCUUCAAAUUUGGUGAGUAAUUUUAUUUUCUGGGGUUGAAUGCUUGUAGAAUGUGGGUGAAUUUAUGAACGGUUGAUGGUGUUGGUCCAUGCUUUCAUAUGAUGUAUACUACGUACUAUCAUUUUCAAGUUCAAGGUUAUUUUUAGUAAAUGAUUUUGAAACUAAUUGUUAGAUUUUUAAUUCGUAACUUUUAAGAUGGAUACAUGACACAUUACUAUAGUACCACCAUGAUACCAUCGUCAUUACAUAUUAAUACUUCUUCCAUCCUAAAAUUAUUGUCCAAUUUGAAUUUUCUUUUCUAAUACAAAUUGAACUAAAAGUAAAAAUCUAAAUCGAAUAAUACUUUUCGGACAGAAG